CUCCUUUGCCCCACGCCAUUCCUUCGUCGGAUCAACAGAGGACCAAAAGAACGGGGUUUUCGAGAUGUCGACGGAGGAAGCGAAAGCGGUGAUCCCGGAGUCGGUGUUGAAGAAGCGGAAGAGGGAAGAGCAGUGGGCGCUUGCGAAGAAGCAGGAGGCCGACGCGAAAAAGAAGAAGGCGCGCGAGAAUCGGAAGGUAAUCUUCGCCAGGGCUGAGCAGUACGCCAAGGAGUAUGACUCGCAGGAGAAGGAACUGAUCCGAUUGAAGAGGGAGGCGAGGAUGAAGGGUGGCUUCUAUGUUAGCCCCGAGGCCAAGCUUCUGUUCAUCAUCCGCAUUCGAGGUAUCAACGCCAUGCACCCUAAGACACGAAAAAUCUUGCAGCUCCUUCGACUCAGACAGAUAUUCAAUGGUGUAUUUCUGAAAGUUAACAAGGCCACGAUGAACAUGUUGCAAAGGGUGGAACCUUACGUGACAUACGGGUACCCUAAUCUCAAGAGUGUUAGAGAGUUGAUUUAUAAGAGGGGAUACGGAAAGUUGAACAAGCAAAGAAUUCCUUUGACAGACAAUUCAAUCAUCGAGCAGGGUUUGGGGAAAUAUGGUAUUAUCUGUAUUGAGGAUCUUGUCCACGAAAUUAUGACUGUUGGCCCUCACUUUAAGGAGGCAAACAAUUUUCUGUGGCCAUUCAAGUUGAAGGCACCACUGGGUGGACUGAAGAAGAAGAGAAGGCACUAUGUUGAGGGAGGAGAUGCUGGAAACCGUGAGGAUUACAUCAAUGAGCUUAUCAGAAGGAUGAACUGAUGACUGAGUUUGUCUCUAAUGUCUUAAAUUAUCAGAGAACGGAAAACAUUUUAAUUGAGUUUUAAGCUAGCAUUGGAGUAUCAUCCAAGCUUUGCAUUUGAUGCUUGAAUCAAUCAUUAGAUUUGUUCCGUAUACUGAUGUUUUUGUUCUAUUUCUUUGUUGUACAUUUGCAAUCAUUUGCAUGGUUACUGUUGCUAUGAUUUGGAUUUGUGGGAA